AUGCGACUCUUCAAUCUCAUCUGGCUGUCAAUCGUCACACUGGCGGCCCAAAGCCAGUCUCAGGAGGCCAACAAGACUUUUGACAACCCGAUCCUCCCGGGGUGGAACUCUGAUCCCAGCUGCACUUUUGUCAAGGACUGGGAUAACACAUUCUUCUGUACUGUCUCUUCGUUCCUGGCCUUCCCUGGUGUCCCCGUCUACGCCAGCAAGGACUUGGUCAAUUGGAGACUUGCGAGCAAUGCUUUGACCCGACCGGAGCAGGUACCGGAGCUCUACCGGAACUCGGGCCAGAAUGAGGGUAUUUGGGCGUCCACAAUCAGGUUCCGCGACGGAACCUUCUAUCUCAUCACGUCUUAUGUCUCUUGGUAUGAGGGGUGGGGCCCCAAAAUCUUACUCUUUACGACCACCGACCCAUACGAUGAUGCCUCGUGGACCGGCCCGCUUCGCGUCGAGAAUCCGGCAAAUGAUAUUGACCCAGAUAUCUUCUGGGACAGCAACAAGGUAUACAUGUCGGUGGCUGCUGGCAUCUACAUCAGCGAAAUCGAUCUUUCUACGGGCGCGGCAAAGGAGCCUAUCAAAGUCUGGAACGGCACAGGCGACCGUAACCCCGAGGGACCUCACUUGUAUCGCAAAGACGACUACUACUAUCUGUUGAUUGGAGAGGGUGGAACGGAAACAAAUCACUCUGUGACGAUUGCUCGCGCAAAAAAGAUGGCAGGACCGUACGAAGGAGCUCCGCACAACCCUAUUCUAACGGCCAAGAACACCAACUUGUAUUUCCAGACGGUGGGACAUGCUGACCUAUUCCAAGACGCCUCCGGGAACUGGUGGGGUGUCGCGUUGGCAACUAGGUCGGGUCCCGCGUGGGAGAUAUAUCCUAUGGGCCGUGAGACUGUUCUCUUUGCCGUCAAAUGGGAAGACGGGGACUGGCCGGUACUUGACGAAGUGCAUGGUGUGAUGAAGGGACCUUUGCCUCUCACAAAUAAAGAUAUCCCUGGCAAUGGCCAUUGGGUAGACGAGCCAGACGUUGUCGACUUUGCGCCUGGCUCGGAUAUCCCCAGGCAUUUUAUUUUUUGGCGACCACCGAAGACAGAUUUGUUCACGGUCUCACCAGAAGGCCAUCCCAAUACGCUGCAGAUAUCUCCUUCACCCGUCAAUCUUUCAGCAACACCAAACUUUAACCCAGAGCAAGAUGGUCUCGGAUUCAUCGCCCGCAAACAGAGUGCUACGCUGUUCAACUACAACGUUGAUAUUUUAUUCCAGCCACAAGUUGAAAAUGAGGAAGCUGGCAUUUCAGUCUUCUUGACCCAAUUCCAGCACAUAGACCUGGGCAUUGUGAGUUUGCCAGCUUGCUCCAACCAGUCGCUUGUUUCAAAGUUCCGAUUCAGGGUCGAGGCAUCAGGAAAGCCCAAUAUUACUGUUCCCGAGACAGUUUUCGUGCCUGUGCCCAAAGCCUGGAAGUCGGAGUCGAUAAGGCUCUCGGUAUCUGCGAUUAGCGACUCCGAGUAUGUGUUCGGCGCAGCUCCGGCUUCUCAUCCAGAAGAGUAUGUCGAGAUUGGAUCAGCGAGCGCGUUGGUAGUAUCUGGGGGCAGUGGCUCAUUCACUGAAGAUUGA